UCGGUGGCGAGCGCAGUAGCGACCCAGUCAGUCCCGGCGCGCAGACGUCCUCCACAGUGCGCGUUGAUUGAACACGAGCUUCGUUACAAUGGAAGUAGCAGAUUCUCAGCGGUUAAUCGCCGUCAGCUUGGGGAAAAUAGCCGCGUCCCGAGGUCAGAGGGGAGGAAUCAACCUCCACAAGAACCUCCUCGUCGCGACUGUUCUACACAAAGCACGAACGGCGUACAUGAUCGGUCACCUGCAGGUCGCCGCCGCCGCCAAGCGUGGUCAGCAACAGACCGCACCUCAGAAUAACAACAAUAAUAACAAUCUUUCAACUCCAGCAGCACCUCCUGUCGUCAAGUCUGUCCCAACGAACAGUGACGGUUCGCAAGUGUGUCAGCAUUCUUCUCCUCCCGCCGCAGGUCAGAGCGUGGUCUCGGCGCCAUGCCACGAGGCUAGCCGAGUGCAAAGUGGGUCAGCCACCGACAGCAGCAGCGUCACUCGCGCGCGGGGCCACGAGCACGACAAAGAAAACACCCCGCCCUCGGCUGUGUCGUCUGCUCCGGACCAUGCCGUUCCAACAAAUUCUUUGUCGUCAGACUGUGAAAUGCGGUUGCAUCAGAACGGGUCAGUCCCGACCGCGGAAACGACGAAAGAGAUGAAUGGACCUCCUUCUUCGUCGUUGCUCGUGAGUCAUGCGCAGCAGACGACAGGCGCGCGCGAUUACGUCAGCAGUUCUUCCAAAUCGUGUUGUGUGCUGAAGAGACGGCGCACCACGGACAGAGACCAUGAGAAUAUUGUGGCUCCAAAAGUCCGCAUACUGGAGGCGAAAGUUUCCUUUGACUGUCCGGAACCCAUGCAGACGGAGUCGCCUCAGAUUUCCAGUCUCGUGAACAUUUUCAGCAACAGCUUCAGUGGUCUGUGUCCCUCGCCAGUCUUGUCCGCCCACAACCUGGCCUCGGAGUCGAACAUGAUGUGCGGGAAGCAAGUGAAAACAUGUUUGGAGAGUGUGCCACAAGCCAUUGUACUCACUGUGUAACUGGAUGUGUGAUUCUGUGCUAGACAAUCAAAUACUCAAGAUGGAUGUAUGACUCGCACGGACAUGUUCGCUCCUGUGGAUUAGAACUUCACGAAGGUUGGUGUUCGUGCCGUGUGAAUGUCUUGCUGACAAAAAAACUUGCAAAUGUUUUCUCCCCCCGAAUGGUGGUGUGUGGAUUAUUGUUUCGAGUGUGGUGGAUGUAACAGACAUCUGAUGUGAAAUGUUUUGUUGAUGCUGCAUGCAUGAAAAGAUGAUAUUUGCCUCACAGUUGACCAGCUACCGUAAUGGUGGUUUAUCAGGGAGAGUGUAUGUGCGAGUGGCAGUUAUUCAUGAUUGUUGUUGUUGACCAGACUGUAUGGCAACGUGUUGAUUAGGGUGUGAAAGGGGUGCGCAGCUGGGAGGGGAAGAACUGUGCCUUUUGUGCUGCGUAGUUUCUCCACCUCCACCCAUCCCGUGGCAUGCCCCAUGGCUGCACCCAAGUUUGCCCUUCCUUGUUGAAAGCCCGGACAAGCUUUUCCCUCCACUCCCCACCCCUACCCCUAGAUUGACAAGGAUAGCUUGACUCCCACCCACCCCUACUACCCUCCCACCCUGCUGCCUGGCUCACGUGGUUGUAGGGCGUUGCCUUUAGUGUAGGGGGGUGUACGAGGCUGACACAAAAGGUGGAGAGGAUGUGUGCAGUGCGUGACUCAUGUUCCAGUGAACACGGGGUAGAGGUUGUAGAAGCCUUCCCACAUCACAAAGAACGAGUGUCUGCUGCCGAGGUGACUGUAGUGAAAGGUGACUGAACUCUACUCUUUUGACAGUGUGUGCUGAACAUUCUGUCGCAAGGCCGGAUGUGAUGAAAGAGGGAGAAGCCUAAUUUAUUUUUGAGUCGAUGGAGAGAGAGAGAGUUGCGGGUGAAGUAAUCUAUUCAUUGUUCUCAACACUUGACCCCGUUUGUUGGAUGAGGAUGACAGGUGCGUAGCAGGCAUCUCACGUGAUGUGCGAUGACAGUCACCUGAUGAACGUUCAUUUCAUUCACAUGAAACUAUUGUCAUAUUAAAAAAAUGAUGACACGAA